AAUAAAAUCUCUUAUUUAAUUUGUUAUUUUUGAUACAAAUUUUAAGUAUUAAGUCCACGUCACUAAUUAGAAACACCACGUCACUAAUUUAUGUCAUCAACCGUCCCAUAACUCCGAUGAAAAGGAAAAAAAAAGUUAUAUCAUCUUCGACGUUACAACUUUCUUCACAACUUUCGUUAAACCCUAACCGAGUUCGAAAUCAUCUUCGACGUAACGUAGAAUCUCGUUUCGAACUGUUUCGAACUGUUUGCGAUAUCGUCUUCUCCAUUAUCAUCUUCGCCGACCUUGUUAAACCCUAACCGUCUCCGAUAUCAUCUUUGUCACAACUAAUCGUCUCGUAUCGAACUGUGUCUGAAAUUCUCUUCUCUGACAUUCUCUUCUCUGCAAAAGUGUCUACGCAAUCGUAUCUACGACAUCAUCUUCUUCGGAUCAUAUGGCUAUUUCUGAAGAUCAAGCAUGGGAUUAUCCUCCACGACUUUACGCUGAAGGGGCUUCUAAACUAGAAAAUAAAGAGAUUAAUCACAAUAUGCAUAUGGGAGAGUUCCCUAACGUCAGAGAAGCAUUAGGAGUGGAUGUGUGGGAUUACCUGAGGGAGAGUCCUCUUGGAAUUAUUGUUAAGCUAGCUGAACGCAAAAGCGUGUGGUCUGGUAAGACUGUACACUAUCUACUAUGUCGACAGCUUCGAGUAGAGAAGAAGGAGAUUUGGAGUCUAGUUGGCGAUGAACCUCUCAGAUUUAAUUUAAACGAAUUUGGUGAGAUAAUUGGGUUAAACACAGAUCCAGUGCCAGCAGAAAGUUUUGAACCUGACCAAUACAAAGAGUUUUGGAAAGUGUUGAAGGUGCCGCUUGGGCAAGGACCAAAGUUAGAUUAACUGAGGGUAGCAUUAGAGGUCUGUCCGGCGUGGAGUUUCGAUCAGCGUAAAUGGCUAGGACUGUUACUUCUUCAAGCCAUGGGACUUUAUGCUAUGCAUCAUAAUUCUAGGAUACCGUUUGAAAGUGCAAAAAGAGUAUUCGACGAUGAAGCCAUGAUGACGUAUCCAUGGGUUCGGAUUGCAUAUGAAGUUCUUGUUGACUCUAUUAAGAGGUUGGAUCCACAAGGAAAGUCAUACUUCAUAAACGGUCUGACGAACGUGUUAUUGGUUUGGGCAUAUGAGUCUGUCACUUGUUUUGGAGAGCGUUUUGGGAGAGUGGUCGAUGAGCAAGAAGUUUCUCUUUUCCGAUGGGGUGGAAAGCGUACACGUACAAGUUUAGAUACUGUCAUAGCUGAGGAGAUUAGAGAACAUGGCGAGGUGCGCGUGAGAAAAAUGGUUAUGAAGGACUCUUUAGAAGAGAUGUUUCCUCAGUGGCCGGAUGAAUCAGAUGACACGCUACUUGUGAACUUGAUAACCGACAUAUAUACAGGUCGGUUUGUUAGAGAUUUUUGGGUAACAUCGAUGAAACGCAAACAAACAAAGGCUGGUGGUUCGUCAAAGGCUGAACCACCCAUUAAGAAGCAGAAGAAAGUGAACAUCAUUGUUGAGGAUGAAGUUGCUGUGGAGGGGAAAGGUGCUCGUGAGAAGGAAAAUACGGAAGAUAUUGGGAACAAGAAGAUAUUGUUGACCAUAAUGCAUUCUUUGGAGAAAAUUUCUUCAAAAAUAGACAACUACGAUAAUAGAUUCGAUAUCGUCGAUGAGAGAUUCAACAAAUUUGAAGAGCGAUUAACCAGAUACGAGUCUAGAGAUUCCAACAUUGCUGAUUUAGUCAGAACUACAGUGGAGGAGUACUUAUCUAAAGUUCUCGAACAACAAUCUUUAUCGUUGCCACCACCGCCACCACCGCCACCACCACCGCAGCAAUCUGUCACUAGUUCUGCUAAGGCCUCUCCUGCUAAGGCCUUCAGAACAGUAGCUCAGGCAAGUGAUGUUGAUUUUGUUACUGUUUCUCCUUCUAAAGACCCAACCAUAGGACGCGGAUGCAGGGUAAAGUUAAAAGGUAAGAGGAGAUGAGGUUAAAGAGAAGGACGAUAAGGAGGCUGAGUUAGCAACGAAGGAGGAUGAGUUAGCAAAGAAGGCGGCUGAGUCAAAGAAGAAAGUGACAGAUCCUAAGAAACUGGCGGUUGCGUUAAAGAGACAAGAGGCGGCUGAGAAGAAGGCACGGCUGGUUGAGGAAAGGAAAGAGGCGGCUGAGUUAAAGAAGAAAGCGAAUGCGGAAGAGGCCCCAAAAAGAAAAACGCGUGGCGGUGUAAUAACAUUAACUGUACCUCAGCCGAAACCGAUUCAAUCCGAUAGUGAUUUUGCGGAUAUUACUGACCAAUAUAUCGCAGCACAAGACGAAGUGAUUCCGGAGUCUGAUGUGGAGGAAGAGGACAGAAUCAGAUCUGCAAGAGUUAAGGAAUAUCGGGAGAAAAAUGUUCAGUUAUCUCCAACUGGCCGUGGCCGUGCAUUGUUCGCUGAAAAUGCUCCUUCACCACCAGUUUUUCCUCACAUUGGAGACAAUGGAACGACGUGUAUGAGGAAGAAUUUUGAACCUUCACCAGCAAUAUAUGAUCCUUUAGCACCGGUUGAUCCAGCAAAAUUGGAUAAACUUAAGGAACACCUAGAGAAACAUAAGAACGUUCCCACUAAAAAAACAGCAGCACAUGAGGGUGAGUUCUACAGGAUCAUCAUCACUGAAAGACCGUGGCCAGUGAAAGAUUAUGGAUGGCUGUUUGAUGAUCAUAUUAGUGCGUUUCUGCGAGUCCUCACCAAAAGGUCCAUGCAAGAUCCCAGCCCAUAUUGGUCCAAGCGCAUUGCAUUUAUUGACUUUUGGUUCCUCAGUACAUUGGUUCACGAUUACACGCAGUUCAAGAUAAAUCCAUCGCGGAUGAAAUUCAAAGAUAAUGGCUAUGAAGAGUUAAUAAACGGUAGGAUGUCCCUGGACUGUCCUACAAACUUGAAGUGGUAUGAGGAUGUGGAUCAUCUGUACGGAGUGCUUCAAACUGGUGGCGAUCAUUGGGUGGCGUUUCACGUAGAUCUGCUUAAGGAGAAGAUUGAUUGCUAUGAUCCAAUCAUUGGACAGGUAACACCCGAAAGUGAAAAGAAGAUUGUAGAUUCAUUUAAGCCUCUUACGCAAAUGCUACCUGCGAUGUUGAACGAGAAUAUUCCUCCCACAUUCCGAAAACCCAGAAAGACGCAGUUUGCGUUCCGAAUGAGGAAAGGCAAAUACAUUCCACAAAACAACCAGAUUGGCGAUUGUGGAGUGUAUGCAUUGAAGUUUGUGGAAUGCUUAGCGCUUGGCGUGACUUUUGAUGGGAUAAAUGAUAGUAAUAUUCAAGGUAUACGGGUGAAGAUGACAGCAGAUAUCCUCGUUGAAAAAGGAAAUGACAUGUAUGAACAAUUUAAGUAGCUUUUUGAACGAUUUGUAUUUGACUUUAGCUAAUGGUAUGUUUCUAUAAGCC